AUGCGAACUUGCUUUUAUGAACUUCUUGAAGUAGAUCACAAAGUUCCUGCAGAAGAGAUAAAAAAAGCAUACCGUAGGAAAGCUUUAGAAUGGCAUCCUGAUAAAAAUUAUCAUAGAGUUGAAGAAGCUACAGAAAAGUUUGCUCUUAUUCAGGAAGCUUAUGAAGUUUUAUCCGAUUCUCAUGAAAGAGCAUGGUAUGACGGCCAUCGAGAUGCCAUCUUAAGAGAAGGCAAGUUUGAAUGUGUUUUAGAUGCAAGAGGAAGAUUUAGAACUACUGUUCAGGGAACUAGAGCUGAGGAUAUAUUGAGAUUUUUCACCGCAGCAUGUUAUCAUGGAUUUGAUGACAGUGCAAAGGGUUUUUAUACAGUUUAUAGAACGAUAUUUCAAAAAUUAGCAGAUGAAGAAGCGAAUGCUUUUGUGCAUGAUCGUGGCGAAGAUGCUGAUGAUUUUCAUCCAUAUCCAUCAUUUGGUGAUAGUAAAGUACCAAUUGAUUCAUAUGACUUGGGAAGUGGGAAUCCAAUUAAAAACUUUUAUACAGCAUGGAUGAAUUUCUCCACCCAAAAAAGUUUUAGAUGGUUUGAUAAAUAUCGAUUAUCAGAGGCACCAGAUCGAACCGUUAAGAGGUAUAUGGAAAAAGAAAAUAAAAAAUCACGUGACCUCGCUCGCAAAGAAUAUAAUGAUACCGUGCUGACGUUGGUUGAAUAUGUGAAAAAAAGGGAUCCACGAUAUAAGGCGUUUAUAGAAGCUGCAGAAAUAAGAAAAAAAGCACAGAUUACAGAAAGCUUCAAAAAUGAAAAUGCAUGGAAGAAUCAUGAAAAGAGUAAGAAACAUGUUAAAAAUGUGGAAUUAUUAAAAGAAGAGAUGCAUGAAGAGGAUGAAGAACUGAUAAGCAACGUUGAAGCGGGUGAAUUGGAAAAUGAAUUAAAAUUUGAAAAUGGUGCACAAAACGGUCAUCAGGAUAUAAACCCAGAUAAAAGGGAUAGUGAUGAGGAGGAAGGUAGUGAUCUACUCACUCCCAAGAAAGGAUUUAAAAAGAACAAGAAACAAAAGAAGAAACUGAAGACUCCUAAUUGGGGUUAUGAUGAUGAAGCAAAAGUAAAUUCGACAAAGGAAAAGUCACCCAAAAAUGGCGUAACUAAAGGUGUUGCAAGUGAAGAUGAAGUUGAUUUGUCCGAGUCAUUAGAAAAAACAAAAAUAAAUUCUCGUGGAGGCUUUGAAUCAGAAGAAGAUUCAGGGACAACCCCAUAUUUCUUAAAAGAUGAAGACAAUAUAGAUCAAAACGAGAGUGAGGCAUUUCAAACCAGAAAUAAGUUAUUUGACCAUAUCAAAGAGACUAAACACGCUUUGGCAGAAUCAGUUAAUUCGGGUAAAAAGAAAAAGAAAAAUGCAAGGUAA